AUUUGUCCGUCAGCUAUUUGUCAAACAAAAACAUCUCGAUAACACGAAAAAAAUAAUUAGUUACAAUGAUAAAAUGGAGAUAUUAUUGAGAUUUGUGCCAACAAAUCCAUUAAGAUUAGCCGUUUCUAGAAUUUUAGUCAGCCAAGUAGCUCAUUACACUAGAUUGGCUGAAGUCGGAAAGCUCGAAGCUCCGAAGACUUCAGGCAAAUAUGACACCGGGCAGUUGAUUCUACAUAAGGUUUUCGGGUAUAGAGGAGUGAUUCUGUUCCCUUGGCUGGCGAGGGUGUAUGACAGAGAUGCCUCCAAUAAGAAGGAGAAUCCUGAGGCCUCGGGUCCCGGAGAAGCCUCCGGAGACACGCUCUCUAACGUAGGCAAGGAGGUCAAGGGCAGGACUCACACCUUCUACCAGGUGCUCAUAGACACAAGGGAUGCACCUUACAUACGUGCGCAAACGGAGGCAGUGACGUUCCUAGGCAACCAGGAGUCAUCCCGCAGCCUGUACGCCAUCCCUGGGUUAGACUACGUGGCGCACGACGACAUCAUGCCCUACUCCUCCGUGGAGCGAGUGCCGCUGCAGCAUGAGCUGUUCGACAAGUUCCUCAUGCACAACCCGGACAAGGACCCACCUUUCAUAGCGCAAGAAACGCUCCGAGCGUGGCAGAAAAAGAACCACCCCUGGCUCGAGCUCAGCGACGUGCACCGAGAGACCACAGAGGGCGUGCGCGUCACCGUUAUACCAUUCUACAUGGGCAGUCGGGAGAGCCAGAAUUGUGCUGUAUAUUGGUGGCGAUACUGCAUCCGACUAGAAAACCUCGGCGCGGCGGCGGUCCAGCUCCGCGAGCGGCACUGGCGGAUCUUCUCGCUCUCCGGCACCCUGGAGACGGUGCGCGGCCGCGGCGUGGUCGGGCAGGAGCCCGUGCUGGCGCGCCACUCGCCCGCCUUCCAGUACUCCAGCCACGUGAGCCUGCAGGCGCCCUCGGGACACAUGUGGGGAACGUUCCGUAUGGAGCGCGAGGACGGCUACACGUUCGACUGCCGCAUCCCGCCCUUCUCGCUCGAGAGCAAGCCCGACGACGCGCCCGCGCCGCCCGCGCCCUCCGCGUGACGUCACACGCCUGUUUAGUUGGCGACGAGGAGAAGCUCAUUAGUUGGCGACGAGGGAAGCAGAACUAAACGUUAUCUAGUUUUAUUAACUACUUAUUAUUGUUAAUAUUGUUUUGAUCAUACUAGUCUAAUCGAAAUCAAACAUUUAUUAUUACACGAACGUAACAUGUUGAUAUUUUUGGCCGAACAUCUAAAUUUAAGCGUUAAUAAAACUAUGGUUGUAACUUAAGUUUCUGUGCAAUCGAAAUUGUAGCUUGAGAUUAAGUUAUAGGAUAAAAUACUCUGUGAUAGCACACUACUCAUCUUUGUCACAAUAUGAGAACUGGAAAGAUUAUGCCAAUUGUUUAGACUUCUGCUUCCUAAAUUGCGAUAUAAAUGGAACAACAGUAACAUUGCGAUUGUGACUGUAAUAUCACCAUUUUAGAAUUGUGACUCGUAAACUAGAGAUACUGAAAAACGGACUUCAAAAUGCACCUUAUAAAA